GUUUAUUUGUUUCCAUCUUAUUACAACAAUAUAUCUUAUCCAAGAUGAUUAUGAGCCGUCUUCAAAACCGAAAGCUGCCUAGAGAGGUGUAUCCUUUGGUGGCAAUUGUAUCAGCUGGUGUCAUUGGAGGUGCCUAUGCUUCGCUACGCAAGUUGUUCACGGAUCCAAGUCUCCGUCGACGACGCUCUCAAAACCUCGCAUAAAAAAAGCCAAAUAACUGCUGUACCACCAACUUCACAUUUGUAAAAAUAAAGAAACUCACGAAAACCCUCGCGCUACGUCUCGUGAUAUAAUUUUUUUUUCUGCUGAUAAGAUAAAAUUUUGAAGUUUGUAUGACAAUAAGAAAAGGAAAAAGCGGGU